AUGGGUAAGUAGAGGGAAUUUUGCACAGUCAAGAGUAAUAGUUAAUUCUCAGCUGGGGAACAAAUGUAUCGCUCUUUGAUCUUUGUUACCUGUGACAAUAUCGUUUGCACACACUAGAUAUUACUGGUUUAACAAUUUAUUAUUGAGUUAUCAAUUUUAAAUUGUAGUGACAUUUUAAAACGAUUUCCAUUUGUCAACGUAGAUAGCGUGUCCAAUCGAAUAUAAAAUUAUAGUUCAUGUAGAGCAGAUAUUCUUUGGAUAUAAGGGAUUACAGGCCAUGUUAUAAUGUUAUAACCCACAAUAAAUACUUAUUCUAGCGCCAUAAUAACGAGAACAAUUUCCAUUUUCCUGUAGUAUGUUGGAAGCUCGCUCUCUCAGCAAUUUUGGUUCUUGUGGAUGUGGUUAUAAUUUGUGCAAAACAAGGUAAAGUGAUUCUUUAUUACAACCACUAUACGAUUAUCAGUUAUUUCGCAAAGCUUUUCCAUGGCCUUUUAUCCGCCUGACCGUUCCUGCAGUACAUACUUGUCUGAUGUCAUUUCACUUCAGUCACAUGUGAGAAGAAGAAGUCUCUUGGUACUCUUGCUACUGUUUCUUUCCAUAGUAACACUGGAAUAAUAGGGGAUGACCUUCACUCGACCUUAUAGGAGAACAGUGUAGAACCGAUAGAGCUAUCCAGUUUGAAGUUAGUUUAAUAAUUGCAAGUGCAAGCAUGUGAUCUAAUGUUUCCAUUAUAUUCUUGCAGCUGAUGGAGGAGAAAGAAAUGGUUCCAAGAAAACCAGAACUACUGAUGGAAUUUCUUUCCUUCUCAAAAGAGACCUUGAAAAACUUUUGCCAGAAACAGACUUGAGAUCAUUAAAAUUGCAAAUAAGAAAGACAACAAACACAAAUGAAUUUACAACAACAAGUGACUUUUGCAAACACAGAACGUCGCCAGAAUGCAAAGAAUUCAGACUUCAACAAAGUCGAAAGAAGCCACUAAAAUUACGCCGUCGGCGAACAAAGGAGACUGAAGGAGCUACAAGGACUCUCAUUAUAGUAAAAGGCAAUCAAGAGAUUAGCCGGGAAUAUAUGAAACAACAUCAUGCCUUUAAACCUGUACUCAGAGCUUUGAAACAAAGAAUUGAAGAUUUAAAAGCGAGAAGAAAGGGAGGAGGACUGAGCAGUCCGGAUAACCACACAACUAAUAAUAUUACGUCAUUACGUCACGUGACAAAAUUUCCAAAUUUAUAUCUUGUGCGCAGUGCAUCACGGGAUGCAGGCGGCGGCAAGAAACAGGACGUCCUAAGCACAGCUUAUACGGAAGUUACCGAUGCCCGUACGUCAUCUCCCGAAGUGAGCCCAUACUGGGAGAUUCUUGGUACAAUACAUACAUACGAAGCUCCGAAGAAGAUUGUGCUGAAAGCUCAGCAUAACGAAACACUGCCAGAUCCUUAUACAAAGACUCUUCUCUCAACCCUGCCCAUGUACGAUGAUAGAGUUCUCAAGAAAGCCACGUCUGGAAUGCAGAUUUUUGUAAAUGAUUCGGAAAAAGAUAAAACACUGCCAGAUGCUUAUACAAAGACUCAUCUCUCAACCCUGCCCAUGUACGAUGAUAAAGUUCUCAAGAAAGCCACGUCUGGACUGGAGAUAUUUGUAAAAGAUUCAAAAAAAGAGAAAACACAUGUCAGACAUUCGUCCCAUAAAACUCUCACUGGUACGCUAGCAUCCUCAUCGGGACUAGGUGACGUCACAACUACAUCAUCAGUAUCUGGUGAUAUUACCUCAUCUUUUACCACCGACGUGCCCCCAAUUGCAUCUACAUCAUCCGACAUCACAACCGGAAGUAUGUCGUCAGAGAAUGAUGACGUCAUAACAUCAAAAAGUCCGGAUGACGAGUCAAGUAUUUCCGUCGAGGAACUAUUUAACGACGAUGACUUGAAGUCUUCGGCGAAGAUUGACCGAUUGCUUUCCGAUGAUAAGACGACCGACGCUUUAGCGAAAGAGAUCGCUAACUUACUCACAGACGACCCAGCUAAUUCUUCUGAAAAUCCAAAAGCCUCUCCGAACGAUUUGGCGAUUAUUACCGAUGAUGCGCCGGUUGAGCAGAAAACGUCCCGGCCGGUUACCGAUGUAACUCCGGUCUCCUCCGAAGAAGCGGUGUCUUCAGCGCAGAUGUCUUCGCCUCUUACUGUGUCCACUGCAACUCAACAAUGUGUAGCAAAGAGAGGACUGGGCUCUACAGAAUGUUCCCUUUCAAUGAUCUGUUGUUCAGCUUGUUGCCCACUUGGUAAGAUAUACUCUUGAAUGUCAGAUAACACAACUACAAUGAACCUAUUACCUAACGAACAAAAUUUUGAUCUAGACAAGUCUAGACGCACGGGAAAUUGAUGCCUCUUUCUGAAAAAAGGUAUCAAUUUCCCGCGCGUAAUACAAAAUGACUGAAAAACGGCAAACUUCGCAGGGCUAUAUCAUCCGCAUUUUACAACAUUUCGCAACGAAACUUCGGAGUAUUAGUAAUGUUGUGAUGCUCUUUCAAGCUGUGAUGAAAUUUUCGUCUAGACUUGUCUAGAUCAAAAUUUUGUUCAUUAGGUAAUAAGUCAUGCGCCACUCCUCGACAUUUGACUUCUACCGGCUUAAUACGCAUCUGAUUAGUUCAUUGGGUAGAUUAAAGCAUCUGAUUGGUGAAUGGUAGCCUGCUUGCCCGAUUUUAGGGGCCGCCUGCCAUGCAGGCUAGGUGAAUGGUAGCGAUAGUCAGAAUCUGAAUCUCUCUAAUAUUGAUUUUUUCAGAUACAUGUCCAUUGAAAGAUAUUUUUAAGAAGGAUGAAAUUCCAGGUCUGUUAACCUAGCUAAAAUAAGUUGAAACGUGUUUACGUAGAGAAAUUUGUAUAAAGUUGUAUAAAUAUAGGCUUAUAUAGAGGAGAGAGAGUAAUUGAAAUAUUUCUGUGUUUUAGAUGACUGCAAUUGCAAGAGUCAAAUCGGUAAGACAGUAAAUUUAAUAUCGUCAGAAAAAAGUUCCUAUUCUCACAUGAAACUGUCAAGUUUGUAACAAGUAUUUGACACGUUUGUCAGCCAAUCACGGUGAUUUGCUGAAGUAAUUAAAUUGUCCAAAUGCUCGUUGCAAAAAUUGAAAAUGUGUUGUGACUGUUAGUCGUUGCAAACCGCAGUGAAACGGAUGUUAUAUCUUAAUGUAAUAUCAAUUUUCUUAUAGCUUGUCCUGGUUUACCAAACCCCUCUCCAGUGAUUCCAUUUCAUUCACCUCCCCCAUCACACACAGGAUAUGUAAUCUUUGCUGAGAGGCCCACGUCUCUUGCUUGGUCACAUGACGUUACAGGGGCACUACCCCCAACCACACCUAACAUACUUCCAGGUAUAGUUCCCCCCACCCAUCCUGCAGUAUUCGUAGGUCCUGGCCAGCAACAAACACCCACUUUAAUCAGACACCCUGGACUCCCAUACCAAAUUGCACAACCUGCCCUCUCCCCCCUUAACAUAAACUACCACUGGCCACCCCAUAUUAUACCCCAUAACCCAGGAUUCCCACCACUCUUUGGACCACCAAUGUAUCAUCGCCCACCAACAUAUACACAUCCUAUCCAACCUCAUCUACCAUUUAUGCACCCUCAUACACCAUUUGUGCACCCUCACCCACCAUUUAUGCACCCUCACCCACCAUUUAUGCACCCUCACCCACCAUUUAUGCACCCUCACCCACCAUUUAUGCACCCUCACCCACCAUUCAUGCACCCUCCUAUAUUCCACCCUCCUAUAAUGCACCCCCAUCCACCAAUGUUUCACCCUGCACCAAUACAUUUUCACCCACCACACCAUCAUGUUCCAGUUAUAAUUCACCCACCUCCACAGCCAAUCGUAGUUCACCCACCACCACCUCCCCCACCGAAGCCAAAGCCACCACCCCCCAAACCUAAACCUCCCCCCAAACCUAAACCUCCCCCCAAACCAAAAGGACCUCCUGGUAAGUUCAUCUUUAUUGACUUGGUAUAUAGACGGUGAUCAAUGUUGGCACUUGCGAAUUAAACUGCAUCUCAAUUCUGUUUAUUUUCCUCCAUAUACAAGACUACCGGUAGUGAUGUUUUGAACCGUUGCAAAAUUGCUCUCAGAGCUACAAACCUCCCUUGUAAACCUCGCAAUUAAUAAAAAAGAAACUUCAAUUUAUAAAUACUAAAGUGUAAUCUGGGUUUUCACCAAGAAACGGAGAAUUUUAAAAAGCUUGAAAACAUCAAGCCCUGGGCAAACUAGGAAACAUUGUUGCGGAAACGUUGUUUCCUACCAAUGUUUUGCCAUGUUUCCCAGAGUGGGCAAACACUAGGAAACAUUAGUGAGAAACAUAGGGAAACAUCAAAUGUUUCUGAAUUUGGUAGGAAACAUUUUUGCUUCCCGGCAAGCAAAUUUUGUUUCCGCAACAAUGUUUCCACGGGUGGGCAAACAGGGAAACAUUUGAGGAAACAUCGAGAAUCACAAAUGUUUCCGCAACAAUGUUUCCUAGUUUGUCCAGGGCUUCACUCUCCGAUGGAUAGCGGAUUCGUACAAGCCCUGAAUAAAGAAUUAAACCAUUCUUCAUCAUUUUCUUCAUUGUUUUUCAGCGCCAAGUUAUUCAGGUUCAGACGCUACUGCUGCUCAAGGAAACUCGCCUGGAGGUACAUAGUUUAUUUCCUACUUUAUUAUUGAUUUUUGUUUUAUCGUCUUUGUAUCCACGCUUUGUGAGUGAGCUCCAUAUAUGUCUAGAGUGAGGAGUAAUGGAGCUAUUGCAACUCAGUCCCUUUCUAUUCUUUUGUCUGCAGUUUAUUUAGCUUUGCCAACUAGGGCAGGGUCACCACAACAGCAUAUGCCAAUUACUGUGGGCCCUUUUAUACCUAACCCACCCUGUCAACUUUCCCUGUGGGAGGAAACCGGAGUACCCGGGGAAAACCCACGGCUUUCGGCAGAGUGUUGACUUUUACUCUUUUCGCAUGGGGACUGGGUUCGAGUCGCACUGAGAAGGUACUUAGUGAGACUCGAACCUGCAGCCUCAGAGGUGAAAGGCAAGUGCGCUAACCACUUGGCCACCGAAGCCCCUCCAGUUGCAAUGAGUGUGCCGAAAUUUUGUGUUUUAACUUUGAUUUAAAGAAUAAUACUAUGGUUUUAUGAUUUGAUAACUUAUAUGGUUCGUUGGAAAAAAACUUGAAUUUGCUGGGAAUAAAUAGCUGGGAAAAAUUAGCCUCGAAAAAUGAUAUUAAACUGUGUACGACCUUCAUAGAUAUUGGCUGUCAAUUCUGCGAUCUUCUUUCACUUUUCUGAAGUUCAUGACUGAUGUUCAUGACUCCACAUAUAUAGAGCUCAUUGGCUGUAGUCGUCUUAAAACCAGUGAAUGAAGAUUGUAUAAUAAUUAUGAUGUGAUAUUUCAUUAGCUCCUCCUGGUCUACCGCCCUUGGUUGUCGUUGGUACUUCCAAGAAGAAAUCAAACUUUCCUCUCUGGACAAAACAUUCCAACUCAAGAUUGAAGCAAGGCUAG